AGGACGUCGGCGGAGGAGAGCGGCAGGAACCAGAUCAGGGCGGAGAUGAGAGCUGGAGAGUGACGGCGGGAAAGACUUGUCCCACGGGCAAUGUUUUAGACCGGGAUUAACAGGCGGUGGCUUGAGAAGAAUAUUUGACAGUGGCCAAAGUUUCCACCAAUGAUUGACAGGAGGCGGGCCUGUGCCUCAUGAUUGACAGAGAACGCAGGGCGGAAGUUUGGAUAAUGAUUGACAGGGGCGGGAUUUACUUGGUGAUUGACAGGGGCAGGUUUGCCCAGUGAUUGACAGGGGCAGGUUUGCCCAGUGAUUGACAGGCGGCGGGUCUCUGCACAGUGAAUGACAGGCGGCGGGUCUCUGCACAGUGAUUGACAGGCGGCGGGUCUCUGCACAGUGAAUGACAGGCGGCGGGUCUCUGCACAGUGAUUGACAGGCGGCGGGUCUCUGCACAGUGAAUGACAGGCGGCGGGUCUCUGCACAGUGAUUGACAGGCGGCGGGUCUCUGCACAGUGAUUGACAGGCGGCGGGUCUCUGCACAGUGAAUGACAGGCGGCGGAUCUCUGCACAGUGAUUGACAGGAGACGGGUUUCUCCACCUUGAAUGAUAGAAAGCAAGAAAUAAAUGAAGCAGAGGGGUGGAAGUUUGGACAGUGAUUGCCAGGAGAAAUUCUCCUGUACUUCGAUGCGACUUCAGUUCCAAACCAAACCUGGUUUGCUCUUAACUACUCUCACAAGUGGCAGAACAAAUGGUUCAAUAUCAAACAGGCUCAACGGUAUUUCAAGGUCAUCUCAAGGAAUAAUCUUUUGUCAGCUUGUUGAUCAAGUCAUGCAAAGACACAGUAUACUGUCCGAAUGCCCUUCACUCUGGCACUCAAUCCCCUGUACUCACUCUGAGCUGAGGCUGGAUAUUGUGCUCUCCUGUGGUCAGUCCUUCCGAUGGCAGGAGAAGAGCCCUGGACACUGGACAGGAGUCUUAGCCGAUCGUGUGUGGACGUUGACGCAGACCCAGAGUCACAUCUGGUACCGGACGUAUUGCAAGGAGGCAGAUAAUGCUCCCCAUGAACCAAAAGGGCACAGAAAGAGGAAGGCCCCCCCUACAAGUCUGGUCAGUGUUAAACUGAAAAAGGAAAAUGCUGUAAAAAGAAAACGUAAAAGUGAAGAUGGGAGUGUCCUAGAAACUGAGAAGAUGUUUCCUGAAGUGAAGAUGGAACCAGAGGAGUGCACACAGCAGCGGGAAUCUGGAGCUACGGGUCAAGAGGAGUGCAAGAUUCUGAGCGACUAUUUUCAGUUGCAUGUGCGGCUGUCUGACCUAUACUCUCACUGGACGCAGGCUGACAAACACUUUGCGCAAGUGGCACAAGAUUUCCCAGGUGUCCGCGUCCUGCGACAAGAUCCUACUGAGUGUCUCUUCUCUUUCAUCUGUAGCUCCAACAACCACAUCUCACGCAUCUCCGGAAUGAUCGAGCGUCUGUGCCAGACCUAUGGGGAGAGGCUGUGCAAGCUGGACUCCUGCACCUACCACUCAUUCCCCACACUGCAGGUGCUGGCAGGAGAUGAUGUGGAAAAGCAGUUGCGAGAACUGGGAUUUGGCUACCGAGCAAAGUUCAUCAGCCAGACUGCCAAGAUGAUACUGGAAAAGCAUGGCCCUGAUUGGCUGAAUUCCCUACGGGGGACACCAUAUGAGGAAGCAAAGCGAGCUCUGUGCACUUUACCUGGUGUGGGGGCAAAGGUGGCUGACUGCGUUUGUUUGAUGUCUCUGGAUAAGCCAGGUGUUAUUCCAGUGGACACACACGUCUGGCAGAUCACAAAGCGCGAUUACCUCUCCCACCUGGGGGCAGGUCAGAAGAGUCUCACUGACAAGGUGUAUCGAGAAAUUGGUGACUUUUAUCGCGGCCUUUGGGGUCCUUUUGCUGGCUGGGCACACUCUGUUCUGUUUUCAGCAGACUUGAAGAAGUUCCAAGUAUACAAGUCCAAGCAAGAGAAGCAGCAGGGCAGUAAAACCAGGAGUUGACAGCAGAACUUACUAUUUGUCCAACAUCACCUAGAGGAUAAUAUUUUCUACUCUACAAUGAUUCUAUUCUUGUGACUGGUUCUAUUUACCUUUCCAAACCUGUGACCCACUGUAAGCAUGGCUUGGUUGGAUAUAUUUUCUCAUCUGAGUCAGGAGUUUGUGAAGUACUGUACUGCACUGCCAGAGAUGUUAUCCUUCAGAUGAGACACAACCAAGGCCCUGUCUGCCCUGACAGAUGAAUGUACAAGGUAUUUUGAAGAAGGGCACGGCAGUUAUUACCCGUGUCCUGGACAAUAUUUACCCCUCACUCCUCAACACUAAAGCAGGUUAUCUGGAUCACAUCAAAUUAAUGUUUGUGGAAACUUGGUCUGUGACUGCCUUGUUUCCUAUAUUACAGUCGCAACUACAAUUGAGAAGUACUUAAUCAGCUGUAAAAUACUUUGCUAUCCUUUUUAAAGUAGAGACCACUCCAACUGGUCUGUGUUCUGCAGGAGGUUCCACAAACAUCAAUGUGACUGUAAAUGGACAAUCUGCUUUAUCAUUGUUGAUAGCGGGAUAAUUAUUUGUCAGGACCCCAGUGAUAACUCCUGUAAAAUAGAGUGAAAUGAUCUCAUACUGGCAAAGGUACUGUCAGAGGUAGUAUAACACUCAGUUGUGCACUGGAUUAUAAACCUUGAUUUUGUGCUAAUGUCUCUUAAGCGAGGCUCUAUGUAAUAAAUUGUAACUAUUAAACCAAGGAAUCAAAUUGUCUUGGAAGAGGAAGUUUGUGGAGAACAGGUAUAUUUGGCGUUGAAUUUGAUAAUGGAUAGAGAAGGAUUUCAUUAAUGUAUUUCUCCUAAAACUGAUCCAGUUUUUAAAUUUUUUUUUACUCUAAUAACUCUAAUAAAAAGUG